AUGUCCGUACCAGCGUCUAUUCGUCCAUUCCUAAGCACUAAGGUGGUCCACCACACGUGGGCAGGCACCUUUACAUGCUUGCCACUGGCCAUUUUCCAGCCUUCCACCAAAGAGCAGAUCGUGGAAUUGGUCAACCAGGCCAGAAUCAACAAGAAAACCAUCAUGACUGUUGGUUCAGGCCACUCGCCUUCAGACUUGACCAUGACCAACGAAUGGUUGUGUAAUUUAGACAAGUUCGAUAAGGUUUUGAAACAGGAGGAGUUCUAUGGUCCUACUGGUGAUGGAUCCGAUAAAGAAGUCAAGUUUGUGGAUUUGACCGUUGAGGCAGGUAUCCGCAUCUUUCAGUUGAACGACUACUUGAAGCAGCACAACUUGGCCAUCCAGAAUUUGGGCUCCAUCAGUGACCAGUCCAUUGCUGGCCUUAUCUCAACUGGAACUCACGGCUCGUCUCGUUUCCAUGGUCUCGUUUCUGAACAGGUGGUUUCGAUUGUCGUUGCUAAUAGCCAGGGCGAAUUGGUUGAGUGUUCUUCGGUGAAAAACCCCAAUCUCUUCAGAGCUGCGUUGUUGUCCUUGGGUAAGAUCGGUAUCAUCACUCAAGUGACUAUCAGAACCGUUCCUCGCUACACUAUCAAGUCCAAGCAAGAAAUUAUUAAGUUUUCAACUUUGAUAAGAGAAUGGGAUUCCAUCUGGUUGGAUUCAGAGUUCAUUCGGAUUUGGUGGUUCCCAUAUUCCGGAAAUUGUGUGUGCUGGCGUGCUUCCAAGUCCGACGAUGCGCUCUCUGAACCUAGAAGCUCGUGGUAUGGAACGAGAUUGGGUAGAUUCUUCUACGAGUCCUUGCUUUGGUUAUCUGUUAAUGUUGCUCCUCGUUUGACUCCAUGGGUUGAACGAUUUGUGUUCAACCAGCAAUACGGUAAUGUGGAGACUUUGGGUAAAGGUGACAUUGCUGUGCAGAACUCCGUCGAAGGCUUGAAUAUGGAUUGUUUAUUCUCUCAGUUUGUUAAUGAGUGGUCAGCUCCAUUGACCAAGGGUGUGGAUGUAUUGAACCAGUUGAACGAGGCCAUCCAAUCUGCUGCUGCCAAAGGUGACUUCUAUGUCCAUGCUCCAAUUGAGGUCAGAUGCUCCAAUACUACCAACUCUAAUGUGCCAUUCACCGACGACCAGGGUGAACUUUCCUUGUACCCAUCCCAGGAGUGGCUUCAAUCCAGAAAUAGAUUGAGUGCUGGCCCAGUCCCUGGUAACAACUUGCGUCCAUACCUUGACAACUCGCCUGAAUUGGAGUACCAGCCAGAUGACUCGAAAAUCACCAAUGACCAGUUGACCUUGUUCAUCAAUGCCACCAUGUACAGACCAUUUGGAUUCAACGUGGAGACUCACCAAUGGUUCCAGAUUUUUGAGGAUGUCUUGAGCAGAGCCAAUGGUCGUCCUCACUGGGCCAAAAACUUCAUUGGAUUACACGGAGAUCACGAGACGCAAGAGGAUUUGAAGUCCCAGCUUGACUUUGGAGGAAAGAAAUUUUACUCCAUGCUUGGUUUCGACCCCGUUAUGAAGAAGUGGUUUGGUGAGAGCUUGGUUGCUUACAAUGAUGUUAGAAAGGAGAUGGAUCCAGAAGGAGUUUUCCUUAGUGGAAAGAACUGGGCCGUGAGAAAUGGAAUUUUGAUCGAAUAG